UACAGCAUCCGGACUCGCCUAUAAACAGGUUGAUAAACUAGUCGAACUACGGAUAUGAAACCGUAAUCUCAUCCAAUUUGGCCGUCGUGCUGUACCCACCAACCUGUCGAUAUAAGGCAAGCCGUUUCGGCGAAUCGAUUGGUUUCUUUCCGCUACCUGUUUCCCCCUUCCACCUCCAGAUUGAUUGAUAUGCUUGCUUGCGCGGCGGUGGAAGCUGACGGCUCGGUCUCGCGUGCGCGGAAAAGGCCGCGCAUUGGCGUGAGCGCGGAGCCCGCGCGGCCGACGGCGCCAAUGCUGGGAUCUGAACCUCCGUGGUUGGUGCUCCGGCUGGUGGGUCCCUUCCUCGACGCCGAGUCGCUCGCGGCGGCCUCCUGCGUCUCCACCGCCUGCCGCGAGGCCUUCACCGCCGAGGACCUCUGGUCCAAGCUCUUGCGCUCCCAGUACCCAUCCGCUCUCGGCCUCCUUCCCAUGCAGGGCAAUGGCGACGACGCCAGCGGCCGGAGCUCGUCGCCGUACCGCCGCCUGUUCGCGCUGUUCCGGUCCGCCUCCGCCCGCCGCCGCGCGCUCCCGCCACCGCGCCUCGCCCUCGACGAUGUCACCUUCGCCAUCGACAUCUUCGCGGCCAGCGGCGAGAACACCCUCUCGUUCGUCGUCGCCGCCCGCGACGCCAUCGCCAAGACCGGCCGUUUCCAGUUCGAGGUCGACCUGACCGGCCGGAACGCGGCGGUCGGGCGGGGGGAGUUCUGGAGCGUCCGGUGGACGGCUUUGCGGGCGGGGCUGAUCGGGUUUGCCCCCUUGGCGGUCGAGAUGAUGGACGCGAAGGCCCCGGCGGCGAGGGCGCGCGCGCUGUUCGGUGGCGCGACGGGGGAGACCUGGGCCACGGGGUGUCUCCCGGCGCCUGGCUGCGGCGGCGCGACGGUGGAGGCGGAGGUGGUGUUCGAAGUGUCCAGCGAGGAGAGGCUGUUGGAGAAGGUGAGGUUCGGUGUGAUGGCGCAGUGUAGGUGUGGCUGUGGGCUUCCAAGCGCAAAUUUCAGUCCCAGCAAACUAGCACUGAUAAGACUAAGCUUGAUGAUGGCAGAAACACGAGCCACCUAUUCGCGUCGAGCUGCCUCUAAGAAUACUGAUAUCAAGAAAGAUGAUGAACAUGUCCUUGAAAAGGAGGAUGUUGCUGAAAGCAAAUUGGAGAUAGAGCAACUUAGGAAUGACCCCGAUCGACUCCAAUCCAUGACAGUGAAGGAGCUCAGGGAAAUCACGAGGAUGAUGGGAAUUCCUGUAAAAGGCAACAAGAAAGAUUUGGUAUCAGCCCUGAUGGAUUCUCUGGGUAAAGUGGGAACUUCAUCAGUUGAGAAGAUUGGUGUGUCUGAAGUACCUUCAAAAAGAAAAGGUGCUUCAGUAGUAGUUGAACAAAACAUAGAUAGUUCUGAGGUCAUUUCUGAAACUCCUAGUAAGAGAAGUAGAGCAAAGAACAAAGGAACCGCUGAGGAGAGUUCUGGGGCUAAUGUCAAGCAAAGCAAGACAUCAGUCCAGAAGAAAAAGCUAGUUGUCCAAGGUGCCAGUGUGGACCAUGAAGAACCUUGGACUGUACUUGUACACAAGAAACCACAACCUGCCUGGAUUCCUUAUAAUCCUAAGGUCAUGAGGUCUCCAUCUCUUAGCAAGGAUACGAAGGCUCUAAAGAUUCUGUCAUGGAAUGUGAAUGGAUUAAAAGCUUUACUUAAAUCGAGGGGCUUCUCUAUUCAUCAGUUAGCUCAGAGGGAGGACUUCGAUAUACUAUGCCUACAAGAGACAAAAAUGCAGGAGAAGGAUGUAGAAGUCAUUAAGGAAGGUCUACUUGAAGGCUAUACCCAUAGUUUCUGGACAUGCAGUGUAUCAAAGCUUGGCUAUUCGGGGACUGCAAUAAUUUCAAGGGUGAAACCACUCUCUAUCAAGUACGGGCUUGGUGUGCCAGACCAUGAUACUGAAGGGAGGGUCGUCACAGUGGAGUUCAAUGAUUUUUACCUCCUGACUGCUUAUGUACCAAAUUCUGGUGAUGGUCUAAAAAGAUUGACUUACAGGGUCACAGAAUGGGAUCCAAGCCUUGGUAACUACAUGAAAGACUUGGAAAAAUCGAAGCCUGUUAUACUAACUGGUGAUCUUAACUGUGCCCAUCAAGAGAUUGAUAUACAUGAUCCUGCUGGAAAUCGUAGAAGUGCAGGCUUUACAAUUGAAGAAAGGGAAUCAUUCGAGACUAAUUUUUUGUCCAAAGGUUUUGUUGAUACAUUUCGAAAACAGCAUCCCAAUGUUGUUGGAUAUAGUUACUGGGGUUAUAGGCAUAAUGCCCGGAAGACCAACAAAGGUUGGCGUCUGGAUUAUUUUCUUGUGUCUGAAUCCAUUGCAGAAAGAGUCCAUGAUUCAUACAUUAUUCCAGACAUAUCUGCCAGUGAUCACAGCCCGCUAGGCCUCGUACUGAAGCUCUAGGCAGGCUGCAUGCCUGGAACCCAAUACGGACUUCUGGGUUUAGUUAACAAUGUUUUCCUGCUGUGAGUCUGUGGGAGGGUAUGUGGUUUUGUAUCAGUAGGUUCUAAUACUAGCCUAACGGAUGUGGAUGUGUUACACCAAUCCGAUGUUGGAAAAAAGGCUGGUUUCGAUAUGUAGCCGAAUGAGUCUGGGUGAUGUAGUGUUGUUACACUUCCUUAAGCUGCAUUGACAGAUCGUAAUGCGGGGUCUGCACUUUUCACGUUUUCAGUGGAGUAGCUCAGUAUUGGAAUUCGAUGGUAAUAUCAUGAUUCGUAGUCAUAUUUGAGUGUUCUUAUGUUCCUAA